CUUAAGCUGCCAGGUACUUUCAGGUUGCAAUCCAUUCAAGCCGCUUCCCCACACAAACCCCACGGGCAAAACCCGUUGGGACACAACUUUUCUCCUCACUCCAACUGCAUCCAGAUGAGGCCCGGCCCGCAGCCGCAGUGGCAGCCCGCUCCCGGCCCGCAGGCGCAAUGGCAGCACGCCCCCGGCCCGCAGGCGCAGUGGCAGCCCGUCCCCGGCCUGCAGGCGCAGCAACCGCCCGCGCCCGGCCCGCAGGCGCAGCAGCCGCCCGUGCCUGGCCCGCAGGCGCAGUGGCAGCCCGCGCCCGGCCCACAGGCGCAGAUGCAGCCCGCGCCUGGCCCGCCGGAGGCGCAGUGGCAGCCCGCCCCCGGCCCGCAGGCGCAGUGGCAGACCGUCCCCGGCCCGCAGGCGCAGCGGCAGCCCGCCCCCGGCCCGCAGGCACAGCAGCCGCCCGCGCCCGGCCCACAGGCGCAGCAGCCACCCGUGCCUGGCCCGCAGGCGCAGUGGCAGCCCGCGCCCGGCCCACAGGCGCCGAUGCAGCCCGCGCCCGGCCCGGAGGCGCAGUGGCAGCCCGCCCCCGGCCCGCAGGCGCAGCGGCAGCCCGUGCCCGGUCCGCAGGCGCAGCAGCCGCCCGCUCCCGGCCCGCAGGCGCAGCGGCAGCCCGCUCCCGGCCCGCAGGCGCAGUGGCCACCCGCCCCCGGCCCGCAGGCGCAGUGGCAGCCCGCCCCAGGCCCGCAGGCGCAGUGGCAGCCCGUCCCCGGCCUGCAGGCGCAGCGGCAGCGUGCUCCCGGCCCGCAGCCGCAGCAGCCGCCCGCGCCCGGCCCGGAGGCGCAGUGGCAGCCCGCCCCCGGCCCGCAGCCGCAGCAGCCGCCCGCGCCCGGCCUGGAGGCGCAGUGGCAGCACGCCCCCGGCCCGCAGGCGCAGCGGCAGCCCGCUCCCGGCCCGCAGGCGCAGCAGCUGCCCGCGCCCGGCCCGCAGGCGCAGCGGCAGACCGCUCUCGGCCACGUGGCUGCGCAGCAGCUGGCGCAUUCCCUGCGGCGGCGCAUCCAGGUGGCCGAUGCGGAGAAGCACCAGCUGCAGGUGAACACGUACCGGUACAUUACUAAGCGUGUUGUCUCAAACGCAGUCAAGCGCGCUGAGGAGGCCGAGGCAGCACAUGCUGCUGCGGAGUUGCGGGUACACGCGGCAGAGCAGGAGAUGCAGAACCUAGUGGCCAUCUUGUCUUGGCAUGCACAAGGGUAGAGGGCCAUUGUGGCGGGCGUUUAGGCGCAUUGGUGCCCUGCCACCCUGUGUAUGUACAGGCACUUGGCAUGGUGCAGGCGAGUAUGGUGCAAGCAACAGUAGUUAGUACGCUUUGGGUACCGUAUGGUGCGGGUUGUGGCCGAGUGUGAAUACGCAGCACCGCUGGUCGGUAAGUUUGGAUUAGUGUAUGUAUGAAGUGGGAUGUGGCACAGGAGGGAGAGUGGUGGAUGCUGGUGUUGAGGAGGCCACGCAGCUAGGGAGGGGCCUUCUUCCCUGGGAAGCUGGGAAGGCGUGUCCCAUGUUAUGAUAGUUAUUGCCGGCUUGUAGGAGAGUUGCAUCACUUGCAUGCCAGCUAGGUCAACCGAGUGCUCUUACCGGAGCGCGGGUGCUCUUGCCAAGACUCACUGACUGUGUAUUGGGCCCAGACUCAGCCACAGAUGUAACACGUGAUUGCAAAUUGAGCAGACUCUUCACAUUGGAUCGCACGGCGUACGCAGGUUUCUUAGGCGGCCGGGCGAGCUGGGGCUGCAGCUGGAGCCCUCCUGCGGGGAGGGGAGGAAAGGGGAGGCGGAGGCGGCCGGUCGUGCAUGACCCACAGCCCCACGACAGUAGCCGGGUGCACCCCUGACAGUAGCAGUACGUGUUGGGCGUGGUGAUGAUGCUGCACUAGUCUUAUGCUGCCUGAGGUCCACCCAGCCCUACUGCUGCGGCAGGUUGUAAGUAAGAAAGGCGCGUCUCGCCUGAGGGCUUGCGUUGGGCCCCAUAAUGCGCUGCUCCCCGGAGAUGCAAGCCCUGGCAUGAAGUCCGAGCCCUCGCCUGUAUGUGCAUGUGUACCGUAUGUACCGUACUGCCACGCUCAAUUGGUGAUUUUAUAAUUGGUGACAGUAAAAAUUUGCGUUGGAAUUAAUCGCCUGACACAUACUUUGGUGAUGGGCUCUGGCAGAAGCCAGGCCGAAUUACACCCGUGUCACGGAAUUGGUGAUGGGACCCCCCGAAUCGUACCCAGCGUCGCUUUCGGCCCCGGCAGCUGCAACACAAGCCCUGCGCUUGCAGGCGCUCUCCAGCCAACGUACUACAGUGCUUCUGCUGCUCAGCUUUACAACCACGCACCAAGCAGCAUCAUACCGUACGGUAUGCAACACAAGCCCCGCGCUUGCAGGCGCUAUCCAGCCAAUGUCCCACAGGGUCCCACAGCUUAAGCUGCUUAGGGCCUUUGGGGGCUACACUGAGCAUUGUGCGUAUACUAUAUGACUAUUGCUUAGUAUAGGAAUAGCGUCACUAGCCAAAGCAGCCUGUUUGCGUGUGUUCGCCUGACUUGGAUUCAGAGUGCACAGGAAUUGGUGACGGGCUCUGGCAAAUCCUAGUCGACAUUGUUCCCUGCUACCAAAUUGGUGAUUUUCACCAAAUUGGUGUCACCAAUUGAGCGUGGCAGUACGGUAUGUGAUGUGUUAAUAGCAUAAGGGACAAUAUCCCUCGCCUGUGUGUGUGUGUGUGCGUGUGUGUAUGUGUGUGUGUGUGUUAAAGAGCACAAGGAAAACGAUGCGCAAAGACAGUGUAUGCGAUGCAGCAAAGCUGUGUGUGUGUGUGUGUGUGUGUGUGUGUGUGUGUGUCUGUGUGUCUCUGUGUCUGUCUGUGUCUGUCUGUCUGUCUGUCGCUGGGGUGGGGGUGGGGGUGGGAGGGCUGUAAGGACAGCACGUGCAAAGGACGAAGAACGUGUAGGGGGGGGGCUGGAUUGACUUCUGGGGUCCUGAAGUUACUGAGUUGACGGAGGUGACUGGGCGGGCGUGAUUGCGCAGGUGGCUAACGUCGUGCAAGGGUGUCGCAGCUCCGAACGACACGGACUGAGGGGUCCGUAUCUCACAGAGCAGGGGACGCAGUGGCGAAGGCACGCGAACAUAAACCUGUCCAGCUGCUUUUGAGUACAAACCGUGAACCGUGACACCCUUGAUUGACGUGCUGCAGGGCAGCGGCCCGAAACGGGUAUGCCAGUCGCAGAGACUGAGCUUUGACGGCAGCAGCACUAUGCAGCCAAUUUAUGUACAGCCUAAUUGGCUAUUGCUGCAUCCCAUUUUUCGAAAGUCCCUAUCGUAUAGUGGUUAGUACAUCACGUUGUGGCCGUGAAGACCCCGGCUCAAACCCGGGUAGGGACAUGUUUGUGGUCCCUUAAUGCCUUUUGAUACGGCGUUGGCGUACGGAAGACUGUUAGCUGCAGUAGACCGACCUCAGGAC